UCAAUGUUUUCUGCAGCCCAUUGGAUCAGCAUGAUGCAUGAUCUUCUAUUGAAACUUCUACUGAUUAAAGAGUUUUACAGUCACUGUUUAUGCUUUUUGCAUCAGUACCAUUUUGUAAACAUAAACUUGACCUGGACUGACGCCCAGGCUUACUGCAGAGAGAACUACACUGACUUGGCUACCAUUGACAAUAUGGAGGAAAUGAAAAGACUAGCAGAAAGUCUAGCUGUAGACUCUGCUUAUACUGGGGAGGCUUGGAUAGGACUAAAGAAAGGAACAUCAUGGAGAUGGCAGUGGUCCUCAGCAGAAGGAGGGACUGGGUACAUCAACUGGAAUAUAGGUCAACCAGACAACUGGAAUAAUAAUGAACACUGUACCGAAGUCCAAGACAAUGGUGGAUGGAAUGAUCUUUCCUGUUCGUUAUCGACUCAGACGUCGUAUUUCAUCUGUUAUACUGCUCCCACCUGUAAAGACGGAAUAAAUGCUACCUGGAACUUCACCUUCAUUAACCAACAUAUGAAUUGGUCUGGUGCUCAGAGCUACUGCAGACACAGUUACACAGACCUGGCCACUGUGAGGAAUAAAGAAGAUAAUGCCUUGAUACAUACAAUGGUUACAAGUGGCACUUGGGCAUGGAUUGGCCUGUUCCAGGACACAUGGGAAUGGUCAGACCUGUCAAACUCCUCAUUCCGUAACUGGGAAAUUGGUCAAAAUGAUAAUGUGGGUAACACAUGUGCUUUAGCACAGGUCACCUGGCCUGGGACAUGGGAUAUGACACCAUGUGUUGAAAAGCAUCCAUUCGUAUGUUAUGAUGGUGAGUAAUGUAACUUUACUACAGUGGUUGAGACCAGGGGUGGAAGUAAUGAAUUACAACUACUCACGUUACUGUAAUUAAGUCGUUUUUUCCGGUAGUUGUACUUUUAUGAGUAUAUUUUUAAGUCUGUAAUUUUACUUGUACUUAAGUACAAAUUAAAGUAAGGAAUCUACUUUGCUACUUUUAAAAUCGCAAUUCAUUCCUGAGUACUCCAACAAUUUAAAUUAAUAUUCAAACUUUUCACCGGCAUUUCGGUAGCCAAUGAAGGUAUCCGAUGGCAAACGGACCAAUGAACCCUGAUAUCUGGAUUGGAAAAAAGCACCCGGCCCCACUGCAGCACGUUUUGAUCAUAAUUGCACAGUGAAGGAGCUCGGAGUAAUCUAAGGACUGAAGGUCUGGAGAAACAAACUUCAUGGAGGACAGCAACAUUCAAAACAGUG